GUUUUUGACCCUUUAAUUCGAUGAUGUCGCGAUAACUUCCUCGUCUGACAGAAAUGUGGGAUAAUAAUUUCCAGAGGAUGAGCACAGUCCAACGGCAAUAAACGGCCCGAUCGGACACACUUUAAAGAGAGUGUCGCGCACAGCAGUGCGCAUGCGUGUGUGGGUACCAUGAAGGUAAAGGUGAUCUCCAUCCUGGAAGAUAACUACAUGUACCUGGUGAUAGAGGAGCAGAGCAAACAGGCGAUAGCUGUGGACCCUGCUGUACCACACCGGCUGCUAGAAAUAGUGAACCGAGAAGGCCUGUCCUUGAUAGCUAUUCUCACCACACACCAUCACUGGGACCAUGCUCGUGGGAAUGAGGCUCUGCUGAAGGAAAUUCCUAGCCUGCGGGUGUAUGGGGGAGAUGAUCGGAUCGGGGGGCUGACGGAUAAAGUGACAAAUGCACAGGAACUGAAGUUUAGCUCCAUCAAUGUGAGGUGCCUGUUUACUCCCUGCCAUACCUCUGGUCACAUGUGCUACUUUGUUUGGGAGGAUGAGUGCACUGACGCCCCUGCUGUGUUCACAGGGGAUACGUUGUUUAUUGGUGGAUGUGGACGGUUUCUUGAGGGUACAGCGGAACAGAUGUACCACAACCUCACCCAGGUGCUUGGUUCCCUACCUCAAGACACGAAGGUGUUCUGUGGGCACGAGUACACUAUAAAGAACUUGAAGUUUGCUAUGCUGGUGGAGCCAGAAAAUGAAAAGGUUAAGGAGAUGCUGAGCUGGGCCAGGGCAAGAGAUGAAGAUGACAAACCCACAGUGCCGUCUACUCUGAUGGAAGAAUUCGACUACAACCCCUUUCUCCGCCUCUCGGAGGAAGGAGUGCAGAAAUUCACGGGGAAGACGGACCCCAUAGAGGUGCUGAGGGUCCUGCGGAAAGAGAAGGACAAAUUCAAGAAGCCCAAGGAGAGACUUCCUCCUCAUGCCAUGCUGGCUUUGGAAUGGGGGCUGCUCAGACCCUGAAAUCUAGUUUCAUGGAUCUAAGUGCAACUCAUAUCCAUAACUAUUACCCAUAGCUAAUGAAAUGAGAAUGGGGGGUGAAUAACUGGAUGCAGUAAGACAAGAACUGUAGAGGUCAUUGUUUGUUGCUUUAAAACUAAGUCGGACCCGUCAAGUAGCGACUGUCUUAGCUGUUGUAACACCAUAUCUGCAUUUCAAGGCCAGUAUAAAGCUGCUUUCAUUAAAUAGUCCUCAGAAAUAAAUGAAUUUAGAGGCUGCUCUCCCAGUUUAUUAGACACUAACUGCACCAAGUAAUGUCUGCUAAUACCAGUUUUCAGUAAAAUUGAUCAGACUACAUUUUUGUGUAUUUAUUCAUUUUAAAUAACCAGUUUUGGGAAAAUAUAACCUUAAGGUCAUUAUUAUUUAUAUGUAUUUGAAAUUCUUAUUACUUUGAUAUUUACUUUUUACAUCUUACAGUUUUUUUUUUUCUAUUUGGUAACUUUUCUCUAAUUUAACUUUUUGACUAAUGCCAGUAUAGUGUAUAUAUUUUCCAGUGUCUUUCCUCUUCAUUUAGCAGUUAAAAUAAUGUGUGAAUUUGUCAUUUAGACUGCACCUUGUAAUCACCACAAGGGUAGAAAAAUACAUGCAGUGUACAUCACAAUGAAUGUAAAUUGCUGAUUUUCAUCCCAAAGAUUACACCAGUUUGAAUCCAUAUUCUGGACAUUUUUUUUCAAUAACUUAUAAAACACAAGGCUACCAUUAAUUAAUGUUUAUUUUUCAAAAUGUAUACACACAAUUAAAUAAACAAUUACAAUUUG